CAACCUCCUCGAAAGCGACCGAGACCGAAGUGGUAACGUUUCUAUGAUUCUCUGGUUCAGACAUGGACGAUUCUGAACAAACCGACCUGUCAACCCGUUCGACUGGCCUCCUCCGCAUGUCUACAAGCUCCCUCCAUAGUACUCGGCAAACGGCUUCGGUCAACGCAAGAGGUCAAUCCUCCAACCCAUCUACGGGUGAUGCUAAGAAGACCAACUGUCGACAAUCGCCACGCCUAAGGCAAGCCGGCCAAACUGGAAACCAAACUCCCCUGCAAAGAAGUACUAGAGCGGUGAACAUCAGUUCCACACCCGAGCAGCGGUUACCAACUGUGCAAGAAGAACCCUCCUCUACGACUCUCCAUCCAUGCAGUGCCCCUGCAGUGGUACCUGAAUUGCUCCCAGAAAGGGUUUUCGCUACGGACCGGUACCCUCAGAACGGUCGGAUCAAUUCUUACUCAAAAAAAGAGUAUCUCCUGGACAUUGUCGAUGUCCUUGAUGGUACGCAGGAGUUAAAAGCAAUACGAGAAUCUCCAUUUGGUCCUUUAUUGGACUAUCCGGUCCGCAGGUCGUCUCUAUCCGGUAAACUUGUCCACAAUAUAUUAUGUCGUUCUCUGCAUACGGAUAAACAACACGAAAUAUGGUUCGUCUUUGGUGGUCAACCCAUCAGAUUCUCCCUUAGAGAAUUUGCGCUCAUUACUCGGCUUCCGUGCGGUCCUUUCCCGGAUCAAGAAACCAUACUCAAGUCUCAGACACUAUGCAACACUAGGGAAAGUUACUGGCAGAAGCUGUUUGGUAAGAAAUAG